CCCCCAGUAGUCCCUUUCCCACUAAGAAAAUUCCAACCUGUGGCGAUCUCUCGUCCCUCUUUCGCAGGAACACAAUCUGAUACAAAUCCACUUUCCCGCAAGUUUACGUUUUCUGUUGUCAACUGCGGCUUCCUCUGCAAUCAUACCGUCGCCUUUAUCACCGCUUAAUCUCUUCCGACGGACCGUGUUUUCCUUGGCCGGAUUAGACGGCGUUCCAUUCCAUCAGAUCAGAACAGCUUCGAUUUGAGGUCGUGGUCGUGAGGGUUCUGAGUCAGAGAGUGCGGAAUUGAUGGCCGAGGCUAGGCGCUAUGGUCUCGGUAACCAAUUAGGCUUCAUUUGAGGAUUCUUCAUCUUUCUCUAAGUGGCCAAUGGAUCAGAAAUUAUAUUCAGAAUCAGCAUGUGAUACAACUUCUAAAUCCAGGAAAUGCGGAGAACAUGAUCAUGUUCUUCUGCCUGAUUCUGGUGAGUACUUGAAAUUGGAGGGAAAAUCAAUCUGCUCUUCUGCUAUAAAGCAGAGUUUGUUUGAUUGUUCAUUAACGGAAGAAGGUUCAAAGAAGCUGGAUGGUGUAAGCUGGAUGCUUGAGGAACUCAGAGGCGUUACAGAUGUAGAUGAGUCACAUAUGCUGUCUGGUUCUGGGCUUUGUGGGGAACAGUUGAAAAUGAAAUUGGGAUUGAGACUGGUGUUUCCAGCAUUACCUCUAAAGGACAAGUUCAUACCUCUAUGCCUGGUCCUUCCGUGUCCCAGGACCAACUUUUUAGCAUUAUUGAUUUCUCACCAAAUUGGGCAUAUGAAGGCUCUGAAACAAAGGUCCUGAUCGCGGGAAGAUUCAUGAAGUGUCCACAUGAGUUAGAAAAUUGUAAAUGGUCAUGUUUGUUUGGGGAGGUAGAAGUUCCAGCAGAGGUUAUAGCAGAUGGUGUUCUUCAUUGCCAUACUCCAACACAUGAGGCUAGCAGGGUUCCUUUCUAUAUAACGCACUCCAAUGGAUUAGUUUGUAGCAAAGUGCUAGAAUUUGAAUAGUGAACUGUUCAGACUGAAGAUGUUAACACAGCAGAAAACUAUAAUAGCAGUGCCAAUGACAAUCUUGAAUUGCAAUUUGAUAAAUUGUUAAGCUUAAACUCCAAGUUAACUGUUUCUGACACCAGCAGUUUGGGUGAUAUAUCCCAGUUGAGCAGGAAAAUCAAUGCAUUACUUAAGGAGGACAUCUCAGAAUGAGAGCAAAUGUUAAAGCUUAGAUCAGGGGGAGGAAUUUUCCUCAGAAAAAUUUAAUGAGAGGCUGUUUCAGAAACUACUGAAAGAGAAGAUGCAUGUAUGGCUCUUACAGAAGGUAGCUGAAGGUGGUAAAGGCCCUAGCUUGUUGGAUGAGGGUGGACAAGGUGUUCUACAUUUUGCGGCAGCACUUGGCUAUGAUUGGACUUUUGAGCCUACUAUUGUUGCUGGUGCUGGUGUCAAUGUCCACGAUGUGAAUGGAUGGACUGCACUUCAUUGGGCAGCAUCUUGUGGGAGAUGAGCACGUCAACAAUUCUUUUGAAUAUUUCUUUGAAGUUCACCAUUUUCUUCUUUUCUCCUCUUAUCUCUUUUCCCUUCCUAUUAUUUCGUGGUUGUCCUUUAGUCCAUAGGAGGAGAUACAAAGAAGAUUCUAGUGUGAUGGCUUUAUAGUUCAGCAAAUACUCCAUAAUGAGGAAAAAUUUAUCUUUCUGACUCAAACAGAUGUGAAAAAUACCAUUCCAUCUGACAUUUCAUUCUUUAAUCCUUGUAUUUUUUACUCAGUCAUUUCUCUUUCAUUUUUUGUGUGCUGCUUCUAUAAACAUAAGCUCUCGUCAACUUCAGAGAGCAUACGGUUGCUUUCCUCAUUUCAUUGGGUGCAGCUUCUGGAGCAGUAACAGAUACAUCAUCAAAAUAUCCUUCCAGCAGAACACCUGCUGAUCUAGCGACUGCCAGUGGACAUAAAGGAAUUGCUGGAUACCUUGCAGAGGACGCUUCACAGUUCAUCCCUUAAUUUGGCUAAUGAAGAUGAUGACACAAAAGGACCCAAAGCAGUGCAGGAAAUUUCGGAAAGAAGUGUAACUCCACUUAGCUUAAGUAAUGCACCAGAUAGCCUGUCAUUAAGGGAAUCAUUGGCUGCUGUCUGUAAUGCUACCCAAGCUGCUGCCCAAAUUUAUCGGGUUUUCCAAGUGCACUCCUUCCAAAAAAAGAAGUUAAAUGAGCUUGCACUUUCACUUUUAGCAAUCAAGUCAUACAAGCCAGGACAAGAAGAUGAACUUAUACAUGCAGCUGCCACAUGUAUUCAAAAUAAGUUCCGUAGUUGGAAGGCUGGAAAAGAGUUUUUGAUAAUCACGCAGCGAAUUGUUAAAAUUCAGGUGUAUUUUAUUUGCUG